GGACCUGCGAGAGAACGAAGGGAGGGAGGAGAUAGUUGACCCCACCCUAAGAGAGCGCCUCAGGUCAGACCCAGGUGGCACAAGGCUGACCCUGGACCCUGCGCGGGGACCUGACACAGGCACCUACAAGUGCAGGGUCGACUUUAACGACUCUCCGACUAUGUCAGCCAUCGUCACCCUCACCGUCUACGUCGUACCGUCCCGUAUGGUGGUCCUGGACGCUAACAGCCGCCCUAUCCACGGAGGAGUCUUGAGGUCGCUGACGCAGGGAGACUCUCUCACUCUCUACUGCAUUGCUUCUGGAGGUCGGCCGCCCCCAGAGGUGAGCUGGUGGAAAGGUUCAAAACUGCUGUCCAACCGUAGUGUGGCUGUGGGGGAGGACGGAACGUUGCUGGCGUCACAUGAAGAAGGCGACGACGUAGUACACACCGUUGGCGUGGGCGUAGGCGUGCGCUACGUGAGGACCAUCCUGUUGAUUCCCACCCUCACUAGGGACUACGCCCACGCCAACAUCACCUGCCGCGCCUCCAACAACAACAUCACCGAGCCCCUCUCUACCACCCUCUACCUUGAGCUGUACACGAGACCUGCUUCAGCCGUGAUCAAGCCUCCUGGAGAACCUCUGGUGGAGGGACGACAGACGCGACUGGAGUGUGUGGCCUCAGGAGCCUACCCGUCCGCCACCAUCAACUGGGAAAAGACCAAGGAGGGCAGAUCCACCCUCCUGGAGGCUACGUCGCUGCGGCUAGGGGAGGUGACGUCGUCGUGGCUGACACUGGUGCCAGAGGCAAGUGACCACGGUGCCACACUCACCUGCCGCGCCCACAACCCAAACAUACCCGGCCAGGCCACCACCACCUCCACCGCCCUACAGAUCACCUUUGCCCCCCGGGUGACGCUCAGACUCGGCUACAACCUGGAGACUCGACCCGUGACGGAGGGCGAGGAUGUGUUCUUCGAGUGUAAGGUGGCCAGCAAUCCCCCACCCACCACCACCAGAUGGUACAAGGACGGCGUGGAGGUGGUGCACGACCUGCGGGGCGGCGUGCUGGUGUCUGGCCACAACCUGGUGUUGCAAAUGGUGCGGAGAACCUCGGCGGGCAACUACACCUGCGCCGCCACUAACACCCUCGCCACCAGCAGCAGCAACACCAUGACCCUCACCAUCAAGUACCUGCCAGUGUGCGAGGGCGGGCCACAGACGGUGACGGUGGCGGAGGGUGAAGACGUACGAUUGACGUGUCGGGUGGAUGCUAAACCUGAAGAUGACCUACGCUUCACCUGGUACUUCAACAACACACUCGAUACCGUGGAGGUCGAGCGACACCGCAUCCAAGUCCGCAAAGGGUUCAGCUUCCUCGACUACACCCCCAGGUCGUCGCGGGACUAUGGGAUCCUGUCCUGCUGGGCCACUAACACCGUGGGCACACAGGCCGAUCCUUGCCAGUUUACCGUCCUCGAGGCAGGCCCGCCAGAGCGGGUUGAGGACUGCGAGCUGGUGAACCACACAGGGGGUACGCUGGAGGUGGUGUGCUCGCCGGGAGGUGACGGAGGCCUCCCACAGUGGUUUGUAGGACGGGUGUAUGACGCCUCCACCCACACCCUCCUCGAUACCCUGGAGGAGUCACAUCCCAGGUUCCAGGUGAGCGGGCUAACACCUGGCCAGGACUACCUCAUCACCAUCACAGCUAUCAACCAGAAGGGCGCCAGCCAGCCCGAGGAGAUUGAUGCCAUACGGCUCAAGGUGGCGGAGAAGCGGAUGGGGGAGGUGUCGUCCGGAGGCGUGUCGCCCUUGGUGGGGGUUUUCCUGGGACUGGUGGGAGGCUUCGUAGGCCUCCUGCUGCUUGGUGUUUCCCUCACACUACUACGGACAUACAGAUGCAGAUGUCUACAGCUUGGGGAGAGUAGAGGGGGUGAGGGCGUGGUGGGUGAUGUUGUAGGCCCGUCCUCGCCCACCACUAAGACUGGCCCCACCACUCCCACCCACCACUCACAGGCAGACCCACGGGCUGGCCCGGACGUCCUCAUAUCUGCCAAUUCAGAUCGAGUGUCCGCCUCCAGCUCCACGCCGCGAGUCAGGGUAGUGAGCAGCUACUGUGAUGACCCUGACGACGACGACACCACCCAGUCCAGAGCUCUCACCGCCCUCUGGCCCAGUAGGAUGUCCUCCUCCGUCUGAAAUUUAGGAACGACUAAUGACUUCGGGCCUGAUGUAGACCGUCUAAUCACCAACACCUCCAGGAUGUAACGGAUCUUUGUAAAUCAUUCCAACCCAAAACGAGGCCCUGUCGGCCUCCUGUCAGUGAUCCAAACGUGCUUCUCUGAAUCGCUGCUUCAAGAUGUAAACAACUAGUGGAAAGCGUUGACCUAAAGCCCAGAUGAACCAAUGUUUAAUAUAUCCCCAAGACCUAAACAAACCCAUAUGAAACUUUAUUCUAAUCCUCAGACAAGGCUGUAUGAAACAGUGCUUUGAGACCCGAACAAUUUCACAUGGACUCAACUCACCUCCCCGUCCUUCAUCUUGCCCUGCAAAUCUGUAGACAAAACCUUUCAAUAUGUUAACACAAAAGUCGUCGUUUCCUGUAUUCAAAGAACCGCCCCGCACCCUGCCACCUGUCGUCUUUACGAAACUGGCUGUGUCGCCAUCUGCUUGAAUGCAUAACCAGUACACAGAUUGAUAUUUAAUGAUUCUAUGGUUAACUUAAUUGUGUGCUUUCUCUUUAUUAUCUUUAUUGGUUAUGUAUAGGAUAUUUGAAAAUGUAUAAACCCUUAGACUAUACAACCUCUUAGUCACCAGCUUGUAUUUCAACUUCCACAUGAAAUAUUUCGUCCAAGACCCUCGAUCCAACACUCCACGGAGUUCUCCUCAGUGCACUAACAAUCAUUUGCUUAUGUUCCAAGGAUCGUACAUUACAUCUGCAGGUUUCUCUUAUAAUUCCUCCGUCAUUCUAUAUGAUUAGCAAAAACUGUUUUCCUAAUUUUCCAAUUGUUCAGGUAUUCUUUCGUUUUAUCUUGUUCUGGUGUGACACCCGUCGACAUGUACUGUAUGUCAAAGCUCCUCAACAUUUGUUUCUCAUCACUAUCACGAUAAAGCCCUCCAUGUGAUCAGACCUGACAGUAUCACACACAUCUCCCCUUCAGUAAGACUUCAUUGUCUCAAAAUAUCGUAUAUUUCAUGCAAACAGUGACACAGUAGUUAGAUGUUGUAAGGCGUUAGCGAAACCCAAAGUUGAGCUCAAUUUGAUAAAGAGAAAUAAAUCCUAGUUAAAUGGUGAACAAAUUUCAAUAAUGACAAUAUAACUGCUCAGAAAGUAUAAUACCUUAUUUUUCUAAUUUGGUCCAAUUAUUCGCGCCAAACUAAAGACCAUCCAUUACUAAUACCACAAUUAUUGCCUCAUCUAGCUACACGAGUAUCUCAUUAAGUUUUCUCCUCAUACACCUACCGGGAAUUUCCAGGAUAACUUUCCUUAGUAACAAUUUUGUGAACCAUUCAGAUUACCGUAUGACACCUCGUCUGUAAGGUCAAGCCCCAAUAUCCUAUCGAAUGCCAUAUUGUUUACAAAUUCAGGUGCUAAUAAGAGUUACGUAUUAUAUCCUUAUAUUCCUCGCUAAGAAAGUACCUAGCCACCACUGUCAGGUCUUACAGCCACACACAUUAUUUACAACAGGUUUAGCUUUAGGGAAUUGCAAUUACUCCCACUGGAAAUUGCAUUCUAAUCUUUACCUCACAAAGACAUUUUUCUGCGAUUCCCCGAAAGGCGAUUAUAGUUCCAGCUUAGCACAGCGACAAACUUCAAGAAUAAGUCAGAGAACCUGGAGUAUUUUGUGUCGUCCGUGGUAGGGGUGAGGCAGUUCAUCCUGAAUAAUUACCUGCAGGAUACCAAGCCCCCUUUUAUAAUCUGUGACGUGUUCAAAAGUUUAGGACGAAUUAUAAUGCAGACUUUUGUAACAAAAUCCUUUCCGUCAGUAAAAUAAUACUGUUAAUUUAUGUCAUUCGUCCUCUUUUAAUAACUCGUGGUAAGGCUCCCGAGAAAUGGGGCAACAUUAUAAAAAAUGAAAGUGAUAAACGCCACUCAUUGAGGUUCUGAUAGAGGCGCGGAUCUGUCUCGCACCACUGGGAGCUUCACUGGGAGCAAACAAACGAGAAUUGUGUUGUUUGCACAGUUGUAAACAACGGUGCAUAUCAUUAACACAUAUUUCAUGGUAGGGACUCUACAACUUUUUUACUUGUUCUCACUGUACAUGUGUCGUACUCGUCACACAACAUAUCACAUAUGACAUGUUUCAAGCCUCAUUUAUCAUUCGACGUGUCUGAAAAGAAUAAAUAUGUGUACAGGGAUUUUUAUGUACGAAUAAUGUGUUGCCAGAAGUAUGUAUGUGUCAUAUAAAAGAGUGUAAUAAAUAUAAGAACUGU